UCCUCUCCUCCUCUUUCCCUCACCUUCCCUCCUCCCCUCCUCUUCCCUACUCUCAAUCUCUUCCUUCUCUCUUACCUUGUUGUCCAUGUGCCAGCACCUCUCUCCUGCUCCUGUCUGAAUCCUGAACAUUGGCCUCUGACCCUUGAUCCCUCUGGAGGUCAGGAUGAGCUGGCUGAGCCGGCUGACCCCCCGGGGUCCGGGGGGCAGGUCCAGUAGGAACGUAGCCUCUUCCAGUCCCUGUACUGCUGACCCAGAGACCUGCCUCAUGGUGUUCGAGAACCACUGGAGACAGUUGUCCUGGGUACUGGAGCAGCAGGAGCCGUCGGGAUGUAGCGAUGACCUCACCGCGGUGCGAAACCACACCGAUCAGAUGCUGUGCCUCCUGGCUGAAGAGCGACCGGGAGAAGUGGGCGAUGGCCCCCCCGGGACGUUAACUUCCGGGAACGUCCCCCCGGUGGGACCCAUCCUGGGUCUGGUGGUGACCGAGAACGUCCUGGAGCGAGUGGUGCAGUGGCACCUGCGUCGCGGAUUGGACCCAGACAGCCAGGGGUCGUUACUCAAGCUGUUCGAGAUGCUGAUUGGCCAGUCUCAGCAGCCCUUGCUCCAACACAAGGCGGUGCUGCAGCCUCUACUGGGUCUGCUGGGGGCCUGUGCUGAGCCCCAGCUGGGCUGCCCUCCCUCUCUGGAGAACAGUCUGGUGCUGCUGCUCAACCAGAUCUGUGUGUCGAUGGCGCGUGCCCCUGCGGUGUUGGAGCUGUUGUUCAGGUCGGCCCCUACCAACCUGCUCAUCUUCUCCCUGCUGGUCCCCUUCAUCCACCGUGACGGAGCCAUCGGACAGCAGGCCCGAGACGCCCUGCUCCUCGUCAUGGCAACCUCCGCCAGCAACCAGGGCGUGGCACGCUACAUCGCAGAGAACUCCUACUUCUGCCCAGUGCUGGCCACGGGCCUCAGUGCUCUCUACUCCUCCCUGCCGAGGAAGAUAGAGGUGCGGGGGGAUGACUGGCACGCUCUGCGCAGGGAGGACUGGAUGGGCGUGUCCUCUCUGGUGCUCUUCAUGAACUCUCUGGAGUUCUGUAACGCCGUCAUCCAGGUGGCUCACCCCCUGGUCCGCAGCCAGCUGGUCGACUAUGUUCACAACGGCUUCCUGGUCCCUGUCAUGGGACCCGCCCUACACAAGUCAUCUGUAGAUGAGAUGAUAGCCAGUACAGCCUACCUGGAUCUGUUCCUGCGCAGCGUCACGGAAACAGCUCUCCUCAAAACCUUCCUACGCUUCAUCCUCAUGCAUCGCCAUGACAACGACACCAUCCUGGACACCUUGCUAACGCGCGUCAGCAGCAACUCCAGGCUGUGUAUGGUGUCUUUGAGCCUGUUCAGGACUCUGCUCUCUCUCAACUGUGAAGACCUCAUGUUGCAGCUCGUUCUCAGGUAUCUUCUACCCUGUACCCAUGUGAUGUUGAGCCAGAGGCGUGCCGUCAGGGACACCGAUCUCUAUGGUAAAUCAGCUGACAAGUUCCUGUCCCUCAUCCCAGAGUGCUGCCGCCUCAGCGUACUGCCCUCUGCUGAGCGGGAGGAAGAACCAGCCUUCUGGGGGAAAGUACUGAACAGCCCCAGCUCAGAGUCUCCUGUGCACCCCAAACCGAGCACUCCGUCCCGCCUGGCCCUCUUCAUGCGCCAGCAGAGCACCGCACUGCCCUUCACCCCCUCCCCCACCGAGUCGGUCCCCUCGUCCCCCCGCGGGGGCCCUAGCACCACCCUGUCCCCCGACAGCCCCAUGCACCCCGUCCCAGAGGGGCUGGACUGGGAGUCGGGGUACCUGGAGUACCUCAGGGACGCCCGUAGAGGGGUAGAGCUGUGCUCCUGGGCCUGCCGGAACUGGUCAGCCCCCUACGACGGAGAGGACCCCUCACCCAACACGGCCCCUCUACCGCCCCCUCCCCCCACCUCCAACCCCUCCCUGGCCAUGUUCCCAGAGCACUUCUCCUUCCAGCAGGGAGGAGGUGGUGGUAGUACCUCCCCCAGCCAGCAGAGGGCAGCGGUGGUGGCAGCAGCACGGUCAGAGUGGAGCAGUACAGAGAGGGACAGUGGAGAGUGGGACGUCACCAUCGGUAAGAACAACUGUAUCAGCCUCACGCCCCGCACCAAGAAACGCAGCCUGCAGAGAGAGGAGGUCCCCCUCCCUAAACCUCUCCACCUCCCUCCUGACUCUACCUCUGCCUCCGUCCCUGACCCCUCUGCUGCCCCCCACCUCCCCUCCGGCCCCUCCAUAGGCCCUCACCAGGCCAUCUUCAAUGGAACGUCGUCGGGGGGUCGGGAGGACGGGUGUCCAGACAGCCGGGAUGGAGGGAUGGAGGUUAAGAAGGUGAAGAGAGAUUUGGACGAGCAGCAGCAGCACGGAGACUCUAGUCAGAACGUUGCAGUAGGUGCCAGCCCAACCCCGGCCCAGUCCUGUGGGCCCCUGACCCCUCAGGUCUCUACCCAGUCAGUCCCUACCCCGGCCCAGUCCUGUGGGCCCCUACAGGGGUUGCACAGGGAAGGGAAUGGAAGUGUGACUGGGGAACACUCCAGACGUCUAACAUCACACGUCCAGAGUCACACCCAGGAUCAGCCUGCUCCGUGGACUCCAGCAUCCUGUGCCAACUCCUCCAACGUCAGCCUGACCCCUCAGGUCUCUGGACCGGGACCUCCAGAGGCAAUGCUCUCUACCCAGUCAGAAGCAGUGGAGCGGCUGAUCUCGGAGCUCCUGGAUGGGGCUGGACCGGGGGAAGGGGGCCAGCAGGGGCCUGGAGACUCCAACGGCCAGGGCAUCAGCAUCGAGGCCUUCACCCAGGAACUCCGGGAGCUGGAGGAGAGGGUGAGGGAGAGGAGCAAGGGGGUGGGGCUUCUCAGACAGCUGGAGGAGACCACCAGAGACCCCGACUCAGAGGAACCACUGCCCCCCUCACCCCUGGACGCUGACCUGAUUGGGACUGGGUCGGGGGCUGCAGUGGAGCCCAAGGCUGUGGGGCUGUUCAGCCCUGCCAGGCCUCUAGGACAGCCAUCCGCUCAGCCGUACACAGGUCCGUUCAUGGUGGUUCUGUUUGCCAAGCUGGAGAACAUGCUCCAGAACUCUCUGUAUGUGAACAUCUUGCUGACAGGGAUCCUGUGCCAGCUAGCCUGCUACCCUCAGCCCUUGCUCCGAUCCUUCCUCCUCAACACCAACAUGGUGUUCCAGCCCAGCGUCAAGUCUCUCAUACAGGUUCUGGGCUCAGUAAAGAACCGCAUUGAGGUGUUUGCAGCAUCCCAUGAGGACUUCCCUGGCAUGCUGAGGAAAGCCCAGCGCUACCUGGUUGCCAGGGGCAAGGUGGACUGGGCUGACUCUUCGCCCAUGGGGGUACCCACCCUGCGACGCUCUGAUUCCCUGGUGAAGAGCCGGAAACCUUCGCUAGGCGACCUGAUCAUGCGCCACACCAACAGCCCCACGCGGGCACGCCACGCCGCCAAGCUCGCCCUGGCGCACGUACGAGACGGCGGCCAAUCGCUGCACAGUGCCCUGUUCCGGGGCGGGACUGGGGGAGGGGCGUCGGGGCUGGAGAAACAGGUGGAGGCUCUGAGGGUGAAAAACGCCGUCUACUGCGCCGUCAUCUUCUCUGAGUUCCUCAAGGAGCUGGCCGCUCUGGCCCAGGAGCACGCCGUCUCCAUGCCCUUCCUCCAGAGCCACGACACUGAGGAGUGAUGCUGUCAGUCUCCGUGCCCCUUCCUGAGGAGUGAUGCUCCGAAUUCUACACCAUCCUCCCAAUGUGUGGUCUUGCAGACUCCCCGUCAUUGAUUGAAAAGCAUUGGCUGAAGGAAUGUGAUCUGGGGAAUGUCUGGACCCCCAUGUCCACAAAACAUCUCAGAGUAUCAGCCGUUUUAAACUAUUAGAUCACAUGGACAGGUCCUAGACGGGCACCCCUCCUCUGAGACACGUUGUGGAUGUGGGUUCUUUCCUCGGUCCAGCUACCGUUUACCCCCCUUCCCUCCUGCAGGGGGCAGAGGGGAGCACUGACAGGGCUGAGCGCUGCAGGGAAGAGACGAGGGAGAGGGGGGGGGACAAGGUUAAUUCGGACAAUGAGAAAUCGAAGAAGGGAAUUGCAAUUGCUACAUGUGAAAAAGUAUUAGGGGAGAGACUACAAAACUCUUCUGUUAUGAGAUAUCAUGUAAAUAUUAUUUAUGUGGAUAUAUACUAUGAACACUAACUCUCAGUACAUGUAGAUUUUAGAGGGUGGUCUGUAGUGUACAUGGGUACGUGGUGCUGAGUCAGCUCUUUCCACUCUCCUCUCUUUAGUAAAUGAUGCUCAUUAGACAUGUACCAGCUUAAAAAGGAGAACAAGGCGAAUGCUUCCGUCUUUUAGGAAAUUAGGCAACAACAAAAAAAAAUGCCCCCCCGACUUUCAUGUCGCUGUUCGGGUACAGAUCAUCUCAAUAAGACACAUCUUUUGUUUUGUGUUUUAAAACGCAUCGCGUUGGAGAUUUAACAGGAAGGGAGGAAUGGGAGAGGAGGGGUCUGGGAAAGGGAACAAAACCAGAGGACAGAGAUCCUCUGUAACUGUCCUGGAAAACGUGCUCAUGUUUUAUCAUUCGUAUGAUUGAAUUGUAUUAUUUAUUUUCUAAAUGAAACCUUUCUAAGACAUAUCAAUGCCAUGUGGGAGUGGCAAAAUCUCAACGUGUGUGUUGUGUGUGUUUCUGUUCUGGUGUUGCCAUGGGAAAGGUGUGUUUCUGUUCUGGUGUUGCCAUGGGAAAGGUGUGUUUCUGUUCUGGUGUUGCCAUGGGAAAGGUGUGUUUCUGUUCUGGUGUUGCCAUGGGAAGGGUGUGUUUCUGUUCUGGUGUUGCCAUGGGAAAGGUGUGUUUUUGUUCUGGUGUUGCCAUGGGAAGGGUGUGUUUCUGUUCUGGUGUUGCCAUGGGAAAGGUGUGUUUCUGUUUUGGUGUUGCCAUGGGAAGGGUGUGUUUCUGUUCUGGUGUUGCCAUGGGAAGGGUGUGUUUCUGUUUUGGUGUUGCCAUGGGAAGGGUGUGUUUCUGUUCUGGUGUUGCCAUGGGAAAGGUGUGUUUCUGUUUUGGUGUUGCCAUGGGAAGGGUGUGUUUCUGUUUUGGUGUUGCCAUGGGAAGGGUGUGUUUCUGUUCUGGUGUUGCCAUGGGAAGGGUGUGUUUCUGUUCUGGUGUUGCCAUGGGAAAGGUGUGUUUCUGUUUUGGUGUUGCCAUGGGAAGGGUGUGUUUCUGUUCUGGUGUUGCCAUGGGAAGGGUGUGUUUCUGUUCUGGUGUUGCCAUGGGAAAGGUGUGUUUCUGUUUUGGUGUUGCCAUGGGAAGGGUGUGUUUCUGUUCUGGUGUUGCCAUGGGAAGGGUGUGUUUCUGUUCUGGUGUUGCCAUGGGAAAGGUGUGUUUCUGUUUUGGUGUUGCCAUGGGAAAUGUGUGUUUCUGUUCUGGUGUUGCCAUGGGAAAGGUGUGUUUCCGUUCUGGUGUUGCCAUGGGAAAGGUGUGUUUCUGUUCUGGUGUUGUCAUGGGAAAGGUGUGUUUUUGUUCUGGUGUUGCCAUGGGAAAGGUGUGUUUCUGUUAUGGUGUUGUCAUGGGAAAGGUGUGUUUUUGUUCUGGUGUUGCCAUGGGAAAGGUGUGUUUCUGUUUUGGUGUUGCCAUGGGAAAGGUGUAUUUCUGUUCUGGUGUUGCCAUGGGAAAGGUGUGUUUUUGUUCUGGUGUUGCCAUGGGAAAGGUGUGUUUUUGUUCUGGUGUUGCCAUGGGAAAGGUGUGUUUUUGUUCUGGUGUUGCCAUGGGAAAGGUGUGUUUUUGUUCUGGUGUUGCCAUGGGAAAGGUGUCUCUGCUCAGAAGGUUUAAGGUUGUGUUGUGGGACUGCGGUAGGAAAAGCUCGUCAGAGCACUAUAAUACGCAGAAGGAUCAAUGAGUUAGCCAGCUAACUUCAAUAAACAAGCAGAAAUAACUAGAGAUGUUCUUCCUCAUUGAAGACGUGCUCUGGAAUUUAGGGGACGACCAAACAUUUCUUAACUCCUACUCUGGGCUGGAUGUGUCAUUUUGUACUGCUGACAUACAGAAUUACUAUUUUACCUCAAUUAGUCACAGAAAGUGACUGUUUUUAUGGAAUUAUUUUAUUUUUUAUUUUGUUUAACCUUUAUUUAAUUAGGCAAAUCAGUUAAAGAACAAGUUCUUAUUUACAAUGACUGCCUACCAAAAGGCAAAAGGCCUCCUGCGGGGA